CGGCAAGGGACGGGGCGCGGCCGUGCGCAGGAGAGGCCGAUCGGGGCUGAGGGGAGCGGCCAUGCUGAGCGGGCGGGGCCGGCGCGCCGGGUGACGCGCGGGGCGGGCGGGGCGCGGUCGGCGGCGGAAGAUGGCGCGGUGCGGGUGCGGGGCCGGGCUGUGCUGCUGCUGCUGCGGCGAGCGGGAGAGCCGCACCCCCGAGGAGCUGACGAUCCUAGGAGAAACUCAUGAAGAGGAGGAUGAGAUCCUUCCACGCAAAGACUAUGAGAGCUUGGAUUAUGAUCGCUGUAUCAAUGACCCGUACUUGGAAAUUCUGGAAAGCAUGGACAACAAGAAAGCCCAGAGAUACGAAGCAGUGAAGUGGGUGCUGGUGUUUGCUAUUGGAGUCUGUACAGGACUGGUGGGCCUCUUUGUAGAUUUCUUCGUGAGACUCUUUACCCAGCUCAAGUUUCAGGUGGUACAAAGCUCGGUGGAGGAGUGCACUGAGAAAGGCUGCCUUGCCCUGUCCCUGUUGGAGCUGCUGGGGUUCAACCUGACCUUUGUUUUCCUUGCCAGUCUUCUGGUCCUGAUCCAACCUGUAGCAGCUGGGUCAGGAAUUCCUGAAAUUAAGUGCUACCUCAAUGGAGUGAAGGUUCCCGGGGUUGUGCGCCUGCGGACCGUGGUGUGCAAAGCUGCAGGAGUGCUCUUCAGCGUGGCAGGAGGUCUUUUUGUCGGGAAGGAGGGGCCCAUGAUUCACAGUGGUGCUGUUGUGGGUGCAGGCUUGCCACAGUUCCAGAGCAUCUCUUUGAGGAAGAUCCAGUUUAACUUUCCCUAUUUCUGCAGUGACAGGGAUAAAAGGGAUUUUGUAUCUGCUGGAGCAGCUGCAGGGGUUGCAGCUGCCUUUGGAGCCCCAAUUGGAGGCACUCUUUUUAGUUUGGAAGAAGGUUCCUCCUUCUGGAACCAGGGACUUACAUGGAAAGUGCUUUUCUGUUCCAUGGCUGCCACUUUCACCUUGAAUUUUUUCCGCUCUGGGAUUCAGUUUGGAAGCUGGGGGUCUUUCCAGCUCCCUGGGCUGUUGAACUUCGGGGAGUUUAAGUGCUCUGAGUCUGAUAAGAAAUGCCACCUCUGGACAGCUGUGGACCUGGGCUUCUUCAUUCUGAUGGGGAUUGUAGGAGGCCUUCUUGGAGCCACCUUUAACUGCCUGAACAAGAGGCUUGCCAAGUACCGCAUGCGCAAUGUGCACCCCAAGCCAAAGCUGGUCAGAGUCUUGGAGAGCUUGCUUGUGUCAUUGACCACCACUGUCAUGGUCUUUGUGGCCUCCAUGGUUCUGGGGGAAUGCCGGCAGAUAUCUUCCAGCAGGCACGGUGGCAAUGACACCCUGAGCCUGCAGGAUAUAUCAGAGGAUGUCAAUUCAAGCAUCAAAACAUUUUUUUGCCCAAAUGAAACCUACAAUGACAUGGCCACGCUCUUCUUCAACCCUCAGGAGUCAGCUAUCCUGCAGCUCUUCCACCAGGAUGGUACUUUCAGCCCAGUCACCCUAUCCCUGUUCUUCCUUCUCUAUUUCUUACUCUCCUGCUGGACAUAUGGGAUCUCUGUGCCCAGUGGUCUGUUUGUGCCAUCACUGCUUUGUGGGGCUGCCUUCGGACGCCUGGUCGCCAACCUCCUCAAAAGUUACAUUGGUCUGGAUCACAUCUACUCAGGAACCUUUGCACUGAUUGGGGCAGCAGCAUUCCUGGGAGGAGUGGUGCGCAUGACCAUCAGCCUGACUGUCAUCCUCAUUGAGUCCACCAAUGAGAUCACCUAUGGGCUCCCCAUAAUGAUCACCCUCAUGGUAGCCAAGUGGACAGGAGACUUUUUCAACAAAGGCAUCUAUGACAUCCAUGUGAACUUGAGAGGAGUGCCUCUUCUGGAGUGGGAAACCGGGAUGGAAAUGGAUAAGCUACAAGCCAGUGACAUCAUGGAGCCCAACCUGACGUACGUGUACCCCCACACCCGGAUCCAGUCCCUUGUCAGCAUCCUGCGCACCACUGUCCACCACGCCUUCCCUGUGGUGACAGAGAACAGGGGCAACGAGAGGGAGUUCAUGAAGGGAAAUCAGCUGAUCAGUAACAACAUCAAAUUCAAGAAAUCCAGCAUCCUCACCCGGGCUGGAGAGCAGCGCAAGCGGAGCCAGUCCAUGAAGUCGUACCCUUCGAGUGAGCUGCGUAACAUGUGCGACGAGCACAUAGCAACAGAGGAGCCUCCUGAAAAAGAGGAUCUGCUGCAACAGAUGCUGGAGAGAAGAUACACUCCUUACCCCAAUCUGUACCCUGACCAGUCUCCCAGUGAGGAGUGGACCAUGGAGGAACGCUUCAGACCCCUGACCUUCCAUGGCUUGAUCCUGCGCUCACAGCUGGUCACCCUCCUUGACAGGGGGGUUUGCUACUCUGAGAGCCAGUCGAGUGCAAGUCAGCCUCGUCUGUCCCACGCAGAGAUGUUGGAGGAUUAUCCCCACUACCCAGAUAUCCAUGAUCUGGACCUCACAUUGCUGAACCCUCGUAUGAUAGUGGAUGUCACCCCAUACAUGAACCCAUCACCCUUUACUGUCUCUCCAAAUACUCAUGUGUCACAAGUCUUCAACCUGUUCAGGACAAUGGGACUCAGGCAUUUACCAGUUGUGAAUGCAGUUGGAGAGGUUGUUGGGAUAAUCACUCGGCACAACCUGACGCACGAAUUCCUGCAGGCCAGACUGAGGCAGCACUAUCAGACCAUUUGAUGCCCCUGCCCCUCUGUCAGUGUGGUUCCUCCCUCUCCAAGCUGGCUCACAUGCUCGCAUCCUGCUUGGACCACACCAGGCCCAAGACCUCCCGUUUGGCUUCUCACGUGCAUAUCAAGCCUGGGGAACUGGAAGACAUUUUGCUAGCCAGAGAACUCGAGGAGCUGCCUGAGCCCAGAGCUGUUGAUUGGCCUCAGGCACUUGGUGUGACAACUCUUGAUCCAGGUGUUUUCUUCCCCUGUCCCCCAGUUAUCUCCUUCUGUCAGAUGUCCUGACACCACUGUGUGUUCUGCCAUUUUGUUUUGGGGUUUUCUGAAGAGUUGGAAAAAAGAACCAUUUCCCUCCACUGUGUCCUGGGCAAAGAACUGCAGUGUCUUUCCCUUCCUCCUGUCUGACUCCCUUUUCUUCUUCCUCCCUUGUUCCUGCAACUGUUGCCUUAUUUGUGUGAGAAGGGAGUUGCUGUCACCACUGAGCGGAGAUACUGAAGGUUGCAGAUAUCAGAUAGCUGCUCUCCAGGAUGGUUCCUUGCAAAAGCAGUUUUAAAAAAUCCAGCGUUUUGGAAAUGCACCUGUCUUUGCAAGUGUUCCCCUUUGCCCAUAUUUUUUCACUCUGGCUUCAUUUGUUCUUAAUUUCUCUCCUUUUUUCAUAGGGAAAUGUUUCUGCUGUGAUGUUUUUGACAGCAGAUGACUUGAGAACAGCUCAGCAGAUUUGAAGUUCAGAAUGGUUACACUAGGUUUAUAAAUAUUUAAUACAUUUGUGAACAUCUCAGAGAAAGGAGAUCUCUUCCCUGUUAGCUGUUGCUAUUAUCUCCCUGUAAGAGACUCUUCUAAGAUGCUUGGUGGCACUCCACUUUGACAUUUCUUGGGGUUUGUAGGCACUUUGUCCCUGCACUGCUCAAACAGUGAGAGCCUGGGCCACCUUUCCAGCUGGAGUCAGAGACCAGGGAACUCCACAUCCUGAGAGCAUUUCUCUCCAUCUCCACAUGGAGAAAUGUUGCUUUGUGGAAGCAAAUAGAGCUGAUGGUCCCUGGGCUUGCUUGAAUUAUCUCUGUGUCAUGAGAGGAGUUGCUGUAGUUCCAGGCUGCCAUAAGGAGGGAUGGUGGUGACUAAGGCAGGUGAUAAGUGGGGCUGUCUGUGCUCUGUAAAUGCUUGGGAUAAUGUUUGCAGCAAUCUGUAAGGGUAAAAUCAGCCCUCAGGAGCCAGUUGCAGCCAGUUGAGUGCUUUAGCAGGUACCAUCCUGGCCAGCACCUGUAUUGUUCCAGCAGGCACCUGCCCUGCUGGGUUCUGUGUGCAGAUAACCCUCAGUGGGAAGCCAGUGCUGUGCCUCAGGGACUGCAGGGCUGAUUGGCUUGAUAAAGCACAGAGCAUUCUCUCAGCCAAGAGACAUGGGGAAUGUAUUCCAGAAAAGCUUCUACACAGCCUCUGAGCUCUGCAGUUAACCCUUUGCCUGCCAUAAGGAGCUGCCUGGGUGGGAAUUGGGACAGAAAGCAGACUUUGUUGAUUUUCUGUAUUUCCUUAGAGCAUAGGAGUUGGCAUCAGGUGCUACCCUUGAUUUGUGAGUUCUUUCCCUGUAAGUAGAGUGAGGAUGUUUGUUCUGUCUGGAUAGGAUCUGCAGGUGUUGUCUGAAAUGCCUGUGUUCCCUGAGCCCUGCUCCUGCACUGAGCUGUCCCUGCAAACUUCCAGCACCCAUUUGCACUCCCUGAAGCUGGGCUGUAGGUUUGAAAUAUGCUUUUGUUAGGCUACCUGAUUUCAUUCAAAGGAUCUGGGUAAUUAGGAAUCACAGGAAUCCUGGUUUUGUGGGAUUUCAGAUCACUUAGGUGGGAUUGGCAAUCCUGUACUGUUAGAACACCUGUCAAGAAUGUCCUGUGUCUCUCCAUGACAAAUGUUGAGUGAAUGUGUGUGGAAGGGAAGGUUCCUUCUCUUCCUGCACAUGAAGGCUCCUUGGGUUGUUUGCCUUGAGCUGGUCCUGUUUUAUUUCUGUACACAAAUGGCAGGGUGUUUUUCUACAGGAUGAAUUUGUCAUUGCUGCUGAGACAAGAGUUGGGCAAUCCAGACAAAUCAGGCUGGAGAAUCUUAUCAAGGUUUUUCUGGGCACCAGAUGCUUCCCCAUGACAAGGCAUUUUCCUUCCAUCUGUUGGCAGCACUGUCUGCUCUGCCUGGGCAUCUUAUUCAAAUGUUUCAGCUGAAAAACCCCCUUUCCUUCUUUCAGUAAAGACAUUUUCAGUGAGGGUGGUGGGUGACCCUGUCAGCUGCUUUAAAGGGAAAUCUCAGUGUGCAAUUACUGUUCUGUAGCCUGCAGAAAAGGAAUGACAAGUUCACCUGACAUUUGGAGAUGCAGUAUUUCCCUUCUGAUGAGGACUGAUGCCAAGGGGUUUGUGUUGAAUCAGUCUUCUCACACUUCAGUUACUUCAAUCCUUUCUUACAACACACUCACUGCUUCUACCCUGGCUGUAGUUGCUAAGUGAUUUACUGAGGAACUUAUUCUAACAUAGGUGCCAGGAACAUUUUAACAGAGCAACACUAAGGGAAAAAUAACCCAGAACUGGGUGAGUUCUGAUGGCAAGGUUAGGGGCUUAGUUCCUCCUUGCCUUGUGGCUUCCUGUGCAGUGUUAAUUAUGCAGUUUUGAAUUAUUAAUUACUGUGAACCAUUCCAAUGGUAUCAACUUACCUUUCCAUUUGGUUUUUUUUUUGCACUGUUGUUUUUGUUAUGAAAUGAUGUAAGCUAAUUCCAUGGUGUGUGUAUAUAAAUUGUAUUUUUUUUAUAAUUUGUAUGAAUAUAUUUUUAUUUGAACAAUGGCACUUGGGAAGUAUUCAUGUAGCUGUAACAUGUCUGAGAGUAAAAUGUUUGUGUGUCUCCUUCAGCACUUUCAAGGCCUUUUGAUGUUUCUAGUAUUGUUUUAUUUUUGCCCUUUAUGAUAAUAAAACCAGUAGAACAUGGCAACAUCCAAGAGCAUGAUUUGAGGUAGUUGAGUUGUUGGUAUUUAUGAGCUGUCUGGAUUUAACAGUUUGUACAGAAGGUGCUUUUAGAGAGGAAUGGCUGUGAUCCAUUAGCUUGUGACCACUGCAGUUCCACAUUCUCACCACAGCUCUUUCAGAGGAGGGAAUUUGAUAAGGAUAAAUUGUGCACAUUGUGCUGCUUUUCUUACCUGACAACUCACCUUCUUCCCAGUAAGUUAAUGAAAGAGGUUAAAACUACACUGUGUCACUUACAGUUGGCUUCUCCAGGGUAUGAAAAAUCUUAGUUUCAUCUUGAAUAUUUAUUUAGUUUAUGCCUAUCUUUCCUGCUUUGUCCUGCUGUCUGCCUUACAGAAAAGAAUUAGUGACAAUUUUUGAGCUUUCAUUUAAUUUUGGUUUACAAGCCAAAAAUGUAAGUAGAGUCUUUGAGCUCUGUGGAAAUAUCUGACCCAAACCUCCCUUCCUUUCCAUGUUUCUGUGCAUUGGGGGCUGAGUUGUACAGGAUUCAUGCAGUACAGGAUAUACAGAUGUUGUACAGAUGCAGUACAGGAUGUACAGAUGUUGUACAGAUGCAGUACAGGAUGUACAGAUGUUGUACAGAUGCAGUACAGGAUAUGCAGAUGUUGUACAGAUGCAGUACAGGAUGUACAGAUGUUGUACAGAUGCUCACAGUGGCUCUCUGAGGCUCUCUAACACAGAAUUGGCCAGCAGCUUGUCUGGCUCUGCCCCCUGGCUGUGCAAUGCCAGGGAAAGCCUGAGAUGGGCAAAACCCUCUUUUGGGAGGGAAUGGCAGAAAAUCUGAUUUGAGGAGCUAAAAAAGUGCCACAGAGGGUUUAACUAAGGAAAAUAGGAAGGAUACCCUAGCAGGGGUGGGAAGGAGUCAUCAGGAGAAAGGACUGGGGGAAAUCUUCAGCUCUGUGCUGCCUUGGAUUGUAAGUGCAGCAACACAGGAGGGAAUGGGAGAGGUUUACAGACUCAUUGAAUCCAACCAUGCAUCCUUGGCCCUGUAAUGACACACUGGGGCUCUAGCAGAAAAAAAAAAUAGUGGUGUUCAGUGAGAUUAUUAUUUUUUUUUUAAUUUUUGCUUUGCUAGCAGGAUACAAGCUGCCUCUUCAGUGUGUGUGCAUUCCCAGUUGUGAGUCAUGCACUGGGAGGAGCAGAGGAUGGCUGCCUGGAGCCUUGGCUGUUGCAGGGCUGUGAGAGGAGAGUGAAGCUGCUCUUGUUGUCCAGGGUGCUGAAGGGACACACUCAGUCUGCUCUGCAUCCACUGCUCAAAUGCAGUGUCUGAAAGGGCUCACUGGGAGCUGGGAUGAGACAUCAGUGAGCUCCCCUGCUGCCUUGGAUGUUGAGAUAAUGUCACUGUCAUAUUUUCUGAAAAAUCCCUUCGCCAGGAUUUCUUCUCCUGGGAAGCUGAGAUGCCUCAGAAAAGAAUGAAAAUAAUUAUCAGAUUGCUUCUCCCUGUUUUGCUGCUUUGGAAUGUGGUCUAGAUAUUGUUUACCAACUGGUCAAUGUUUGAUUGGUUUCAUGUGAAUUGUUUUUAUUUAAUGACCAAUCACCAUCAACUCUGUCAGACUCUGAGGAGUCAGUCAUGAGUUUUUCAUUAUCAUUCUUGUUAAACCUUCUGUCUGUAUCCUUCUCUUUCUUUAGUAUAGUUUUAGUGUAGUAUUCUUUUAAUAUAAUAUCAUAAAAUAAUAAACCAGCCUUCUGAGAACAUACAGUCAGAUUCUCAUCUCUCACCUCGUGCUGGAAACCCUCACAAACUCCACAAGAUAACAGUUUCAAAGUGAGCAGGAUGUCCCUUUCUCCAGGCUGUUUCCAUUGCUGUAUGGGCUGUGUAUGGUUUAACACACAUCUUACUGAUACUUCAAGCAUUUUAAAGCAGACUGGAAUCCAUAUAUACCAAUUUCAGUAGAAAACAAUACUGUGUUGAAAACUCAUGACUAACAGCUAAGACAUGACCACCUCGAGACCUUUGACUCCCCCAGCAGCUCUUUGAUGCCCAUACUAAGGAACAUCUCUCUGUGAUGACUGGAUUAACACACCAGAUUUAUUUUUCUGGUUUUGUAUUCCAAUUCCCAGCAUAGCAGGCCUGACUCUAGUUUCCUUCCCAUCACAAACUUCACCUCCUCCUGAGAGGGAUUGUGUUGGUUUUCUGAGAGAGCAGUCAGGUGAUGGUAAUAGAGGGGGAAAGUCUUACAAAUCUUCCUUCCUUCCCACACAGAAGUGUGGGACACGCUUAUCAAGCAGAUGUCAAUCAGCAAAGGCCCGUGGGGGCCAAGAUUCAGGAGAAGUAAAUCAGGCAAGCUGGUUGUGGCCAGACUGGGCUGUGAACUGGCACAGCUCCACGUCUCCCUGCAGCACUGGAGGGUGGGUGUGUGCCCUGUCCUUCACUUGUGAUUUCUUGGAGGAGCCAAGCAGUGCUGACAGCUCCUCUGUCGCAGACAUCUUUUCACUAAAAGUCCUUUCCUUAGGAUUUUUUACUUCUGAGAAGCUGAGAGGCCUCAGGAACAAAAUGUAAACAAUGGUUAUCUGCUGCUGUGGAAUGCAACAGGUGCAUCUGGGAUUGGUCUCAUGUGGAUGUUUGGAAUUAAUGACCAGUCACAGUCAGCUGGCUCUCUCUCUGUCCGAGCCACAGACCUUUGUUGAUUCAUUCUUUUCUGUUCUUAGCUUAGCCAGCCUUCUGAGAUGAACCUUUUCUUCUAUUCUUUUAGUAUAGUUUUAAUGUAAUAUAUAUAAUAAAAUAAUAAAUCAA